GAUUCAACAGGACUCUGGGAGACAUGAUCAGAUCCCUUCCCCCUCAGCCAAAAGCAAAGUGGCCACAAAUACUGCAGCUACUAACCUUUUGCUAUAACUGCACAGAGCAUGAGACAACAGGGUUUGCACCAUUCUACCUGGUGUUUGGAAGGAUCCCUCGUCUACCUGUUGAUGUGAUGUUUCAACAUGCCCUCAACAAUGAUAUUGUUGUCAACUACUCAGACUUUGUUUCUCACCUAAAGAAAGAUCUACACGAGGCUGCUCAGAUUGUGCAGAAAAACAGUCUCAAGGAACAGACUCGCCAUGCCAAUCUAUACAACCGCAAGUUCAAGGGAUCACCUCUCGUCAUUGGAGACAGAGUACUGAUCGCCAACAGAGGAGUGCCGGGAAAACGCAAGAUUGCAGACAAGUGGGAAUCUACCCCUUAUGAGGUCAUAUCAGUCAAGCCUGAUAUCAACGUCUACAAAGUUAAGGAUGUCCUAACGGGCAGAGAGAGAGUUGUCCACAGAAAUCUGCUACUCUCUGUUAGCUUCUUGCCAUGUGAGAGUGCUGGAGACCAUGAAUCUGACAGUACUGCUGCUAUGCAUGGAAGUGGUCUAUAUCCAGAUGUACCUGAUGUAAUGGAGGACAGUGAUGUCCGCACAGUCAAUUGGCUGAUGCAGUCUGGCGAUGAUGGAACCCAUUCAGAUGAUGACGACUCACUUGACCGGGAAUCCUGUGCCAUCCAGUCUGACUCUCUCUCAGUUGUUACAUCCAGUCCAACCAGUCACCCGAUUCCUGUCCACAAUAUUGGCCACUCAACAGUCGAUGAUAUAAAAGAUCCAAAACAUUGCCCAGACAUGGUAAUAACCCCUACCAACUCUGUCCAUCCAGACGUGCCCUCUCCUGAUAAACUCCUCAUAGACAUUGACACCCCUGUGACAGCUGCUCCAGACGGUGACUGUUCAGACACUGCCCUUCCAGACUCCUUAACCCAGACUGUUUCCACACAGCUGGACCGUCGUAUUCUUAGGGACCGUAGUUCCAUUAGGCCCCCCAGACGUCUUAUUUGUGAGAUGAACAAUCAAACAGUAGAUGAGACUUCUUUAUCUGCCGUAUCUGUUAGUUCCCUGAUUCAGUUUUUUUCAAAUGCAUUUUCAAUUUAAGUAACAGAGUUAGGACAGUAUUAAGCAUUGAAGUGCUUGAGUAGUACUUUUAGGAUCACAGGAACAUUGUUUACAUUUCAGAGGCGUAAUGGGCACCUUUGAGUCUGUGUUUAGCUAGGAGUUUGAUCGCCUCCUUUCUUUACAUACUCCUUUUUGGGAGAGUUUUUACACUGACAAGUAUACACAGUUUUGUUCCUAGUGUUGCACACUUUCUUUUUGCUUUCCCCUUGGUACACACAUUUUUUAAUUUGUUUGUUUGUUUUUGUUUUGUUCGAUCCGAAAUAUUACUUUUCAUAUUUAGCAGAAUUUCAGGGGGGUGUAUGUAACGGAUAUUAGAUACAAAAGUUGAAAUUCUUGCUAAAAUGUGUUUGGUAAACAUCUUUGUAUAUAUUUUAUAACUGCCUUGGGAUGAGUGGUGUUUGGCGCCCCCUACUGGUUGCCUAUAAAUAAGAGGGGAAACCGGAAAUUCCACACAGACGGUUUUGCACUCUUAUGUGUGCACAGAGAACAGGUGGACUAGUAGGGGAGGCUGACGGGAUGUUUUUGUCGACCACUCAUUGCAGGUAAAAGUGUAAAUAAUUUGAUGUGUCAGUUAUGUUUGUCAGUUUGUCAGUUAUGUUUGUCAGUUUGUCAGUUGUAUUAGCCUGUUUGUCAGUUAUGUUUGCCUAUUUGUUAGUUUGUUUAUUAGCUGUUUUCAUGACAACAUGGCCGUUAUUUUCUGUUAAGCACUAGAGGGUGCUAUUUAGUAAUUUAAUGAUUAAUUUUGAUUGCUAUCUGUGUUUGUUUUUCUAGAUUGUUUUGUUUAUAGAAGAAAGAUGAAAUUGUAUGGGAUUUAUAUUAAAGAUGUAUUAUUAAGUAUAAUCACUAUACGAUCGCAUGUUAUAGAGAAAAUAUGUUGAUAAACUUCAUUGUAAUAAUCAUUUGACACAGACGGUUUUGCACUCUUAUGUGUGCACAGAGAACAGGUGGACUAGUAGGGGAGGCUGACGGGAUGUUUUUGUCGACCACUCAUUGCAGGUUGUAAAAUAAACCACUUACAAUCCAACCCACUGUCCACGCGAGUCUGUAUGACAGGACCGGUAAAAAGGAAGCUGUUACAUAUGUAUUAAUGAUCGGAG